GCUCUCUCCUCCGCCUCUUGAGUCGGGGUCCAGCAUCUCGACAUCUUCACACCUCGAACCACCAGCGCCGACCUGUGGCAGCCAUGACACCACCACUGCGCAUCGCCAUGCGGCUGGCCACCCCAGCCAGCCCUGCCUUCCUCUGCACCACCACAUCCCGCCUCGCAGCGGCAGCCACUGCACGAUCAAUAACAACCAGGCGGAUGCCCACGACGACAACAACAGCGACAACGGCAGCAGCCAUCCACACAACGCCCGCCUCGCCCGCUACCGUCUCGCCCAUCCACGGUACCGGGCCCCCGCCCGAAGCCCCCAAGCCCGCCGCCGACAGCGCCGAGGCCCGCCUCGAGCGCCGCAAGCAGCAGGCCGCCCUGCUCCAGAGGGCCCAGGACAUGCGCGACGCCGCCGCCAGCUCGAACCCGCAGGCCGCCAUCUCGCCCCUCAAGACGGCCCGGACAAAGACGACCAACCUCCUCCGCAAGCGCUUCUGGAAGGACGUCCACGUCCGCGAGGUCGACGGCGCCUACGAGGUGCACCUCGACGCCCGCCCCUUGCGCCGGCCCGACAGCAAGGAGGUCGUGCGGCUGCCUCUGAGCAAGCCCCUCCUCGCCACCGCGCUCGCCGUCGAGUGGGACAUGCUCGUCUCCGCCCAGCAGGCGACCCGGCAGCACCUGAUCCCGCUGACCAGCCUCGUGUGCCGCGCGCUCGACAUUGCCGACGAUGACAGGAAGACCGGCUCCGGCUCCGGCUCCGGCGCGCCCAGCAUCCGCGCGGCAAUCGCAAGGACCGUCCUGCGCUACUUUGACACCGACACGCUGCUGUGCUGGGCGCCACCGCCCAAGGCGGACGACACACCCGGCCCGGAUGGCCUGAGCCUGCGGGACACGCAGAAGAAGGCCGCCGAGGAGGUCAUCGGCUUCCUCAACAGCCGCGUGUGGCCCGGCGUGGAGCUUGAGCCGGUCCUGGACGAGGAGACCAUCAUGCCGCGCCGGCAGUCGCCCAUGACGAGGCAGAUUGUCGAGGGGUGGGUCAUGGGCCUCAACUCGUGGGAGCUAGCAGGGCUGGAGAGGGGCGUGCUCGCGGGCAAGGGCCUCCUGGGCGCCGCCAGGCUAGUCGCCGAGUGGAGCGACGGCGGCGUCGGUGCUGCUGCUGCAGCUGCAGCUGCCGAAGCGAAGGAGGACGCCUCGAGACCACGAUAUGGCGUCGAGGAGGCGGUCAGGAAUGCCAGCAUCGAGGUCCGGUGGCAGACUGGCCGCUGGGGCGAGGUUGAGGACACGCACGAUGUGGAGAAGGAGGACCUUGCGAGACAGUUUGGCAGCGUCGUCCUGCUUGUUGGCGGCGCGGGCUCCAAGUGAUUCGUCUCGCACUGCUCGGAAUGCAAGGACGUUUGAGAAAGGUACCUUUCUGACACACAAUGUUCCAUGUAUAAAGUGUACCAUCAUAUAUUCAUAUAGUGUAUCACCAGACGCAUAUUCCGCAUACAGUGUCGACCGAUCAUGUUGUGUGUGUGUGUGUGUGUGUGUGUGUGU